AUGCUCGCUACCUCGCGCCUGCUGCUUGCCCUCGGCGGCCUGGCUGCAGUGCAGGCCCACAUGCAGCUCGAGUACCCACCGCCCUUUAACGCAAGCAACAAUCCCCACCGCACCACCGAGGCAGACAACAUCUACGUCUACCCCAUGGGCUGCUGCGGCAGGGAAGACACAAAGGCCACCUGCCGCGGCUACCUCGACCUGCUCGGCACCCCCGACGGUGCUCCAGUCGCUACCUGGGCUGCCGGCUCCAAGGUCACUUGGAACAUCACUGGCGAUCCCAAAUUCACUCUCAACGACCUUGGUGGUACUCAUUACGGCGGCUCUUGCCAAGUUGCCUUCUCCACCGACAAAGGCAAGACGUUCAAGGUCGCUGCCUCCUACGAGGGGAACUGCCCGCAUCGCAAUGCCCAGCUUGGCUCUGGCCAGGACUUCGAGAUGACUGUCCCCCAAGAGUUGCCCGCCGGUGAAGCUGUCUUUGCCUGGACCUGGAUCAACCGCGAGCAGGAGUUCACUAUGAACUGUGCCGCCGUGACCAUCACUACUGAUGACAACAGCGACGGCGACACCUCUUCUUCUGCUGUCCCUUCUUCCGCCCCUACUACUUCUGCUACUUAUGCGCCCUCGACCGCCGCCCCUGUCCAGUCAACCUCUGAGUCAGUGGCGGCACCCUCGUCUUCCUCAGGCCCGACUGUCAACGGUGGUUCGAAGCAGUUCUCACUUGAGUGGUGCAGCUGUGACUGUGACACUGCCUCGACAACCACCGACGACGAGGAUGCCUACGAAGCCAGCGGCUGCGCCUGUAAAUGCUGGAAGGCCCCCCAGAAAAUCUCCAAGCGCACCGUCGAGUCCUCCAACCAUCUGUCACGCCACCUCCACCGUCGCGUUGCGUCGGGCUUCGAGGCCAACAGGCAACAGCGCCGCUCUGCCGAGCAGUACAGGGUCGCUACCACGCUCAAGGAGAAGCGUGCGGCCGCUUGGGCCUCACGCGCUGACCUGUUCAUUCCCGAUCCCAUCUGGCACGACUGCAAGCUGCCACUAACGAGUGCCGAGCUCAAGUACCCGAGCCCUGGCGACGAGCUCAUCGAGGGCGACGGCGAGUAUCCUCUCGAGCUACCCGCAACGGCGACGUGCGUCAGUGAUGAGUCGGGCUGA